UGCACGUCCUAAUUUUCUUCAAUAAUAUAACAACAUUAAAAAUCCGACACGAAAUAAAAAGAAAACUCGUGAACGUGCAGUUGCCAACGUAUUUAUCGUUAAAGAGUACGCGCGAGGCGCAGCAAUGCGCGCCGCGGAACUAGGUUGAGCCAGAAUGGUGGCUAACAUUGGCGUCAUCAAUCCUACUAAUGUGGAGGCCACAGCGUAUAUAAGUGCGGUAGCAGCAUUCGCUGGAGUGGUUUUGGUGCUGUUGCUGUUCCUUGGCAGGCGAUGGUGCUACUCCGCAGUAUUUGGACGCAAGUGCUGCGAUGACAUCCUCGCGGUAAACGCGCGCGUUGCAGCUCCGACCAACCAUUGUCUACCACUUGACAAUGCUAAGUUUGAUGCUUUGUCGAAACCGAUCCAUUAUCCCGAACGCAUAUUCACAUUCGAGGCCUCCGACUCGGACGAGGAGCUGCGUUUGCGCAUACAACAGGAUAAGGAAGAAGUUGUGGAAUGUCAUUACGAGGAGAAGAACGAAAAUAUAGCUCCGGCAAAGCUGGAGGUGGACCUGGUAGAAACAGCUCUCCGUGAGACAACGCUGAGGGAGACGAGGAUCGACGACGUGAUCCCUCAGCGGGCUGAAUAUAUACACACAUUAGAGGCGCAGAGUAGCGUGGACAGUGAUGUUAUAGUUCACAAUGACACAUCUCUUUUGUGUGGAGAAAGCAGCAGCUCUCAAGAACGUGGCUCUGUGGAACUUACACUUUUGUAUGACGCACCGGUGCGUAGUAUGACAGUCCACAUACUGCAGGCGCGGUCGCUGCCUCAAAAAGCUGAAGGGCAGAUUCUACAAAGCCAGGUUCGAAUCGUACUUCUCCCAUUGAAAAAGCAAAAAUUUAAGUCCAAAAUACGAAAUGGUGAAAAUCCACAAUACAUGGAGAGUUUUGUUUUGCAUAAAAUUAAUCCAGAGGAUGUGCAUGGCCUUGGUUUGCGUAUACGCAUUUACGGUUGCGAACGCAUGCGCAGACAAAGGCUGCUCGGUGAAGCGGCCGUCAGCUUUGCAACAUUAAACUUCGAACUGGAGAACAGUUUGUGGCUACAGUUGAUGCCACGACAACAUCAUCAGCCUGCUUUACAGCUACCAAAAUUGGAUUCAAAUCAUACAAUAACCGGUGUGCUCGCGAGUCCAUCGUCGAUAGUGACGGUGACGACGCCCAGCGCCGUCGGCCCAGGCACAGGCGAGGCAUGCAGCCUCGCUAGAUCUGACUCUGCCUCCUCGUGCUGCAGUGCUAGAUCCACGCCGGAACUUCUACUGGGCCUGCAGUAUAACUCCACAACUGGACAUCUCUCUGUUGAGGUAAUAAAAGGCACACACUUUCGAAAGUUGUCGCCCAACAAGGCGCCGGACACGUACGUGAAGCUGUGCCUCAUCAGUUCACUGGGCAUGGAGAUGGGCCGGUGCAAGUCCACUACGAGGCGCGCUCAAUCCAAUCCACUCUAUAAAGAAGUUUUUAUAUUCCAGGUGGCGUUAUUCCAGUUGAGUGAAGUUACUCUAAUGGUUUCUGUGUGGUGGCGACGCAGCGUAAAACGCAAUGAAAUGGUCGGGUGGUUCUCGUUGGGUCACAGCUCCUCCGGCCGCGAGGAAGAGCGCCACUGGCAAGAGCUUUGUGAGCGCCAAGGAGAACAGGUUCAACGCUGGCACGUUCUUCUGGACUCCUGACGGUCAGUAACUUAGCGCAUGGAUGUUGCGCUCGCUUGAAUUUCUACCUGGCACCCUGGCCGCACCACUUGGUGCUUUUACGCGGUGACUCCGUCGCGCGUUGCCAAAUUCAGCCAGCCUUCAACACUCAAGUGGAGACGCCGAUCCAUAGUCACAGACUCGACUGCGUCUGCUUGCGUGUGUAUCAAUGUUUUUGGCCACAAGUACCUACCUACAUGAUAAAUUCUAAGGAACUACAUAUUAAAAAACGUCUUUUUUAAUACAACACAAUUGCCAUUGACCAAAAAAGUCAUUUGUGAGAUGAUGUAAGAGAGUUUAUAUUAUAUUAUAAUAUUGUUAUUCGACUUUGGUGUGCGUUGCUUUGAUGGUUUUAGCACUGGCACCUGCUUUAUCGGAUCCAUAUAAAUAUAUAACUACGUGUAUUAAUAGCUACAUUUAUAUUUAAACACAUGUUUAAUACAGACUCCUACAUCAUAUAAUAUAGAUAUUGCUUACAGGUUUUAUUUUAUUAAUAUUUUUUUGGCAUUGUGAUAUACCUCUUUAAUAAAGAAGGGUGAAACAGAGCACACAUUCUGACUGAUUGAAAGUAUGAAAAAAAUACAAGAUCUAUAAUUUCUGUUUUAUUAAAAUUGUAAUUCUAUUUAAUGAUAGGUAUAUUAAAUUUAAAAAUGUAUAUUAUAAUAGAAGUUUUACCGGAAUUGUAUUUAUGUAUUUAAAUAUUCUUAUUUCUUAAAUUUAUAAUUUAAUAAGUAGAUGCUUGACGUUGUACUUUAUUUUAAUUUUGUCUAAUUAACAUUUGGAUGUUGUAGUAGUAAGUAUUUAUAAUGAUGGAGAAGACUUGGAGCGCACAAUACAAUGUGAGAUUAAUAAAAUUACGAUUAUAUAAGACUACAUAUAUAUAUCUAUAUAUUGGAUAUUGAUAUUUAGUACGUAAUAUAUACAAAUUCAAAUUAUAUGCUUAUUCUGUUUUUCACGGAAACUGAUAUUAAUUAUAUAAGAUAUAGCACACAUGUUUAUAAUUAUAUACAUAAUAAAAAUAGCACAAAUUAUAUACUAGAUACUAAUAGAUUAAAGGUAGUUCAUACAUCCUGGUGUCAAGAAUAUCUGGGUCAUCAUUAUUGUAUAUUAAAGGCAUCUUCGUGUGGCUUCUAUAUAACAUAUUAUUACCAACUACAAAUAUAUAUGUAAAGAUUAACAUGUACCUAUAUUUAAUUUGAUUCAGUGAAACUGGUACUUGCAGUUUAGUUUAAUAUACAUAUUUUAUCCCAUCAUAAUAUUUAUAUAGGUAUUAAAUGAAAUGGAUGCUUAUUUAUGGUACAAAGUACCUCUUUUUUUGUAUUUCUAAGAUAAAUAUUAUUAUUAAUUUUGUUGAUAUCAUUGUUAAUAAAUAUAUGAAUUGUAGUGGUUUAAUGUUAUUAUUUUUUGUGAAUAGAUGUAAAAUUAUUGUUAAUAGAGAUAUUAUAUUUGCGUGUACUGCUACUGCUAAUGACUUGAUAUUUUUAUAAUUAAUUAAUAAUUUCUUCAUAUUUGUGAAAUUGUAAAAUUCAUAGAUAUGAUCUAUUAAAUGUCUUUUGUUAUAGGCUAUUAAAUGUGUUAUGUAUAUUCUAGAUGUGUUAAUGCUAAAAUCAUAACAUACCUGUUAUGUGAAAUUCUAAUAAUUUCGACGUUGAUCAAACUUAAAUAAUUAUAUAUAUUUAGUUAAGUAUUUUAGAUCUAUAAUUAUAGCGUAUGUUGUCGACAUUGCUUGAGUUUAUAUUUUUUAUAAAAAAAAACAUGAUUUCUUAUGUAGGUAAACAAAAGAAUUAUUGAUUCAGCUUGCUAUAUAAAUAGAUAUAUGUAUAGGCGUGUAUCUGCUUACGUAUCUGUGAGGAAAUAUCAAUCUAUUUAUUAAUUAUAAAUAAGUUGUUUCUUUGCUCAAUUAAAAUAAAAGUUCUUUCCUUAUGAAUAUCAAUUAUUAACGAUAGAAUUCAGUAAUUUAUUUUAUAUAGAAAAUAAAAGAUUGUCUGUUUCUGUUUCUAGUAGGGUUGGAUGAAUAAGAUAACUAAAUAAUAAAUUAAAUUAAUAGUGAGAUUACCAGUACCUAACUUUUAAUAGAAUAUCGUUGCCCUUAUAGCUAUCAAAAAUACAGCUACACAAAAAGUACACAAUUAAUUUGUCAGUUUAGUAGCUAGAAGUGGAGAGACUGAGAUAUUGUCAAUAGUAGCUAAUUAUUAAUGUUUAUAAAGUUCACAGAAUAUACGUAUAUAUAUAUAGCAACUUUUCUUCGAUUUGGAUACUAAGUUCGGUCACCCUUAACAAUUUUACCUACAUUAGGACACAAUUAAGAAUGGUAGUUUAAAAAUGUUUGAAAUUGUAAUGACAACUACUAGACUACUAGAUGUCAAUAAAUAAAUAAAUGAAGUGUUUACGUAGAUCGGUGACGACUCUACUAGGUAGGUACGGUGGGAGCGGACGCUUGAGUAGGCCUUAAUACCUACUCAUUUCUAGUGUGAAGUAUAAAUGGUAAAAUGUCACAAAUUUAUAUUCAAAGAUACUACUCUAAAAAAGUAGGUGUGUGAAACCGAUAUUCCUUGAAAAUUAAAUUAUUACAUACAUUAAAUUUUUCUUCAAAAUGAACUUUCUUUAUCUUACAAAAUUUUCUUAUCGUCAUUCCCCACAAUAUCACUUUCUCUGUAAUAUAUUACACCACCUGCGUCGUUUGUGUUUCUUGCAGCAUGGUAGGCAUAGUAGGCUCUCAUAUAUAAAAUAUUAAUAUGAAAAUAUUUGUUAAAAUCAUAUAAUCUCACUCGACCUUUUUGGUUGUUUACCGUCUAAAUUUUAGUCCAGUAUAAGCUUAAUCGUUUACAAUUUCAAAGAUUCUUUAUACCGUUUGUAAAAUAUUACUAUUUCCAUAAAUAAAAUAGGUGCUGUCUGAUAGUGAACAAUUAUUUCUUUUAUAAUACUGUAUAUUUUUAUAAUACAAUACUUUAUCAAUAAUUCUGUGAAUGAUAUCAACUUGAUGCCAAAUUAGUACCUGUGAAUAUUGUAAUGUGUAUGUAAAGAAAGGCUAAUGUUUGAUUAUGUAUAAUUGAUCACUACAAAAGCAUUUUCUUCAUACACACUAUAGAAAUAUAUUUUGAUCAAAUUUAAUAGUAUGUACAGUAAAAACUCUACGUCACUGAGAUUCCACUUUAGGUUAUUAUAGGUAUACGGACCAUUAGCAAGGUCCAAGUUAGUACAUCUAUUCAUUACAAUAGAUUUUUUAGUUAAAUAUUAAAAUUUUUUCAUAUACAUAUUCUAAUCUAAUGUACUCUGUUACUUCAAAUAUCUCUGACACUUUAUAUACCUAAUUACAUGAUAACUCUUUUUCUCUGAUAAUUUUUAAUUUAAGCCAAAUAACUUAUAAUGUAAUAUAGACAUGCAAGUAAAAAUGCCACAUCAGUUAUUACUAAAAAUGAUUACUUGUAAAAUAUACCAAUCUAUAGCAUUUUUCUUGUAUUCAAUCAUGAUUUAAGUACUUAUAUCUUACUAACGUUGUACUCGUGUUUCUAUUCGAUUUAUAUUACUACACGCUGCUUAGCGUGUUAACUAAUAACUAUGUCUGUUAAUCUAUUCAAUAGAUUUAAAACUUUUGUCUAAUACGAAUACAAUAUUAUUAUGUUAUGUAUUUUACAUUGCCAGUA